AUGGUCGGCCGUGCACAUUAUUACGAAGGGCAUUCCAUUGAUCAAGUGACGUUUCCCAUUCGAGUCUUUAAGCUCCUGGGCGUUGACACCGUCAUAUUGACCAAUGCCGCCGGAGGUCUCAACCCAGACUACGCCGUGGGGGACAUUGUGUUGCUUAACGAUCAUAUUUUCCUAGCUGGGCUGGCAGGAAUACACCCGCUGCGGGGACCCAAUAGUGAAGAGUUCGGUCCUCGGUUUCCUCCACUGUCGGAUGCAUAUGAUCUUGAGCUUCGCCGUCAUACACAUGAGAUCUGGAAGGCGCUAUCGCAGCCGCAGAAGAGAAGACUGCACGAGGGUGUGUAUGCCUUUGUAGGAGGACCAAGCUAUGAGACCAGGGCAGAGUGUCGUCUUCUUCAUCAGCUGGGUGCGGACGUAGUCGGCAUGUCAACCGUUCCGGAAAUUGUGGUCGCCAGACACACCGGCCUCAGGGUUCUUGCAUUUAGUCUAGUGACAAACACAGCCGUGCUCUCCCCUGGGCCUCGUGGAGACGACAGCCUGAUUCAGGGGAAAGAUACGCAAGAACUAGAUGCUAUCCUGCAGAAAGGGAAAGCAAAUCAUGAAGAAGUUCUUGACGCAGGCCGUUCUGCCGCCAUUGAUAUGCAGCGAAUCGUCACUCGACUCGUCUCAGAUGUUUUCAAAGAUCAGUAA